GAGACACGACGGCAGCAGCAGCGCAAACGGAACGGCACGGCUUUCCGCACCAACAUCACCAUGCCUUUUACACCUCAACGCCGAGUGGAUCCUUAUAAAUCGCUUUGGUGUUUUUGAUUUCAUUCUUUUUUUCCCCCCUUUUUUCGCUCUUAUUCAACGAGGCGCAAGGACACUACAGCAGCAGCAGCAUCCAUCCACCGCUCUCACAGGGCAUCCUCUGUACAAACGCACCAUCCUCCUCCUCUUCCUCCCUCUUCCCUCCCUCCUGCACCUCUCUUUUUCCCGCUCUGGACCACAGGACGUCGGCUUGCCUCGUUCCCCUUGAACCGGAGACAUGGAUCUAUGGUUUUACGCGACGCGGAUUUGCUGGUGGAAGGUUUUGUUUCUCAUGAGUAUAUUCCAGGACUAUCUGAGCUCCAUGCUGGACUGCCCGCCGACCUGCAGUUGCUCCCAAACAGAGAUCUAUUGCAAUAAGUCCGACAACGGAAGGUUUUUCCCUUUACUGGCCGUGCAAGACACUGCCAACAAUGGGACCACUGUUGACAUAGCGGAGUUAUUCAAAAACAUCAGCUCCAUACACAUAGAGAACUGGACAGGAUUGCAGAUGCUACGAGAUGUGGAUAUGGAGCUCUACACUGGACUGCAGAGAUUAACUAUCAUGAACUGCAACUUGAAGGUGAUUCAGCCCCGCGCCUUCGCUCAGAACCCACACCUGCGCUACAUCAACUUGUCAAAGAAUCCUCUGAGCACCCUGUCGUGGCAGCUCUUCCAGCACCUCCAACUCUCCGAGCUGCAUCUGGAGAAUGUGGUGUUUGACUGUGGCUGCGAUAUCCGCUGGAUUCAGUUGUGGCAGCAGCGCGGAGAGGCCGGUCUGCAUACUCAACAGCUCUACUGCAAGAAUGGGGCUUCGGAGAUACGUCUGCACAACAUGUACAUCGACAGCUGUGAUUUGCCAGAGAUCAGCGUGAGCCAUAGCAGUGUUCUGGCCACAGAGGGCGAUAACGUGACAGUGAGCUGUAACGGCUCAGGAUCCCCUCUGCCUGAAGUGGACUGGACCGUGGGCGGGCUGCACUCCAUCAACACACACCUGUCAAACGUUUACUGGCCGAACAUCCACUCCAUAAACCUGACUCUGUUCAACAUCAGCCGCGACGACAACAACUUCCAGCUCACCUGCAUCGCCGAGAACGUGGUGGGGAUGACCAACUCCUCCAUCCAGCUCAACGUCCAGUUUCCUCCAGUUAUCCUGAGACUGGCAGAGCCCGAGCAGCGCCAUGACACCUGUAUCGAGUUCACGGUGAGAGGCUACCCCCACCCCAAACUGCGCUGGUUCCACAAGCAAAAGGAGAUAGUGCAGAACAAGUACAUCCGCACAGAGAUGGACUUCUACAAGGAUUAUCUGGAGGGCUGUCUGACCUUCCAGAACCCCACACACAUCAACAACGGCAACUACACUCUGGAGGCCAGCAACGCCCUGGGCACAGUCACUAAGACGGUGUAUGGACACUUCCUGUCCGAGCCGGACGCCGACAUAGAGGAAGGAGGCCUAGUGGAAGUAGGUGGAGAAACUGGUCGACCAGAAGAAGACACAUUUGGGGUCUCCAUUGCUGUGGGUCUGGCAGGAUUCGCUUGUGUCCUCCUCCUCGUUCUCUUUGUUCUUAUCAACAAAUAUGGCCGCCGCAACAAAUUCGGUAUGAAAGGUCCAGUGGCAGUGAUCAGUGGUGAGGAAGACUCUGCCAGUCCUCUUCAUCACGUAAACCAUGGGAUUAUAACACCCUGUACACUGGACGCUGGCCCUGAUGCUGUGGUCAUCGGGAUGACCAGGAUUCCUGUGGUGGAGAACCCACAGUACUUCAGACAUGGACACAACUGCAACAAGCCAACUACUAUGGUGCAGCACAUAAAGCGCAGAGAUAUUAUCUUGAAGAGGGAGCUGGGAGAGGGCGCGUUCGGGAAAGUCUUUCUGGCCGAAUGCUACAACCUUUGCCCCACCAAGGACAAGAUGCUGGUGGCCGUCAAGACGCUGAAAGAUCCAAACUUGUCUGCGAGGAAAGACUUCCAGAGAGAGGCAGAGCUGUUGACCAACCUGCAGCACGACCACAUUGUUAAGUUCUAUGGAGUGUGUGUGGAUGGAGACCCGCUCAUCAUGGUGUUUGAGUACAUGAAGCAUGGAGAUCUCAACAAGUUCCUCAGAGCACAUGGUCCUGAUGCUAUGAUCCUGGUGGAUGGUCAGCCGCUGCAGUCCAACGGGGAGCUGAGCCUGUCGCAGAUGCUCCACAUCGCCUCACAGAUCGCCUCGGGGAUGGUCUACCUGGCAUCGCAACACUUUGUCCACCGAGACCUGGCCACACGCAACUGCCUGGUGGGCAACGGCCUCCUGGUCAAGAUCGGAGACUUUGGCAUGUCCCGGGACAUCUACAGCAGCGACUACUACAGGGUUGGAGGACACACCAUGCUGCCUAUUCGCUGGAUGCCCCCGGAGAGCAUCAUGUACCGGAAGUUCUCCACGGAAAGCGACGUAUGGAGUUUCGGAGUGAUCUUAUGGGAAAUCUUCACCUACGGGAAGCAACCGUGGUUCCAACUGGGGAAUAACGAGGUCAUCGAGUGCAUAACCCAGGGCCGCGUUCUGGAGAGGCCGCGGAUCUGCCCCAAGGAGGUGUACGACGUCAUGCUUGGCUGCUGGCAAAGGGAGCCCCAACAACGGCUCAACAUCAAGGACAUUCAGAAAGUCCUGUUUGCCAUGGGGAAAGCCACGCCGGUCUACCUGGAUAUCCUGGGCUAGAACUGAGCUUUUUAUUUUCGGAAUUCUCUGUCAGACUGAAAGGCAGACAGGGGUCCCACAGAAUCCAGGAAUAACCAAACCAACCUGCUCCACUGUCAAAACACCUACAAAGUUUGGGAAAGGACUUAAGUGCCUGCAACACUUUUGGAUAUAGUGGAUUAAAACAUAUUCAAAAAAACAUGCACUUUUACAUUUGUUUACUUAAGAUGUACAGCUUUGGAGAAGACUUUUUUGUUUUUUUGUUCUUCAAAAACUACGAAAACACAAAGGCGGGAGAUAAAAAGGGAAGUUAUGCUGACUUGCAAUAGGAAAAUGGCCACCGUUUGAUUCAAGAGAGGACACAUCAGAGUUUAAUCUAUCUUGGGUUUGGUUUUAUGAAUAUAUAGAGAAAUAUGACAUAUAUUUUAUAUUUAUUUGUUUUGGAGGUUGAGGGGUCUGCCAUGUGUGUUGCAAAAGGGCUCUGGCCCAUUCUGAACACAUCACUUGACAACAAACUUGUGGCAGGGACUGGAUGGAAGCCUUACUUGCACUCUGAUUGGCUGAAACACCAGAUGGUAAACAAGAAGUACUAACACUGAGGACUACCCAAUCAGACAAGCGACAAAUCUAUUUUAAUUUAAAGCUAAUGUACAUAUUGUAAAAUUCUAUGUGUCAAAA